AUGGCGACAGCAACCACCACCGCCAGCACCUCUUCCGCAGUGCCGGCGACGCGGCGACAAGCCCUUGCCCGUCUCUCGCUCAAAGGCAAGCUCUACCAAAAGGGAAGCUCGACAGAUGCACUCCUCAAGCGCGUCAAACAGGUCCGCACAGAAUUGAGCGAGAUGGAACAGGACACCGUCGACGUCAACUCUCUCAAAGACAUUUGCAAGGAACUCGUCACCCCAGCACUGAUGCUUCACAAGGAUAAAGCUGUCAAAGCCAACGUUGCCUGCUGUUUAGCCGACAUGCUUCGACUCUUUGCGCCCAACGCGCCAUUCACACCGGCCGAGUUGAGGGAUAUCUUCCAGUUCUUCGUUCACCAACUCACCAUGCCGCAAGCCGGGUUGUCAAAGCCGAAUGGACCACAAUAUGCAGAGUACUUCUACCUGCUCGAGUCGCUCAGUAACGUCAAGUCGGUUGUGCUUGUCUGCGAUCUGCAGAACGCAGAUGAGAUCAUGACGGAUUACUUCAAGGCCUUUUUGGAUCUAGCGAGACCGGAUAUGUCCAAGAACGUCGAGAUCUGUAUGGCUGAUGUGCUUGUUCAGUUGAUUGACGAGUGCGUUGCUCUUCCAUCCGAGGUUCUCGAGUUGUUGCUCGCCAAUUUCACGCCAAAGGCCAUCAAGCACAACCCUUCAGCACAUCGUCUAACAGUCCAAGUCUGUUCCAACACCAAGGAUCGCCUGCAAAAGAACGUCGCACAGUACUUUAACGAAGUCAUGAUCUCCGCAACGCAGGAAGACGAUCAAGACCAACGACUCGAGAGUCUGCAGGCCGCACAUUCGCUCAUUGUCCAGAUCAACCGCGUUGUCCCUUCGCUUCUGCUCAAUGUGAUUCCGCAGCUGGAGGAAGAACUUCGAGCAGAAGACGUCCAACUUCGUGUCCUCGCGACCAAAGUGCUUGGUCAGAUGUUUGCCGAAAAACCUUCCUCCACUGCCGGCGAGAGCAGCGAUCUCGCACGUCGAUACGCAGGUACGUGGCGGGCGUGGCUAGGACGUUCCAAGGACAAGUCUUCCAGCUUGCGUGUCGUUUGGGCUGAAUGCACAAAACCUCUUCUUGUACACCAUCCGGAGUUGCGUCAUGAUUUGACGCCGAUCAUCGAGAACAAACUCUUGGAACCGGACGAGCGUGUUCGUGCAGCAACCGCGAAGAUGUUGGGUUCGUUGGAUUACGAGACGGCCUUGCAUCAUGUGCAGAAAUCGGUGCUGUUGAAGUUGGCGGAUCGCUGUAAGGACAAGAGGAAUUUGGUGAGGAGGGAAUCGUUAGAGGCAGUGGGCAAGUUGUUCGAUAUGGCGUAUUCGGAGAUCGAGAACAAUGAUCCUGCUGCGAUCCAACAGUUUGCCUGGAUUCCACAGGAGGUGUUCAAGUGUUUGUAUGCUGCACAGAUCGAUCUGCAGAUCCUUGUAGCUACUACCGUCGAAAAGUACAUCCUUCCCAUCCCUAGCAACUUGGAGGAAGAUGAAGCGGCAUGGACCAACCGUCUCUUGUUGGUGAUCAAGUAUUUGCAACCAGAAGCAACAAAAGCACUGUUGCGACUGAGCAAUCUCAUCUACACCCGUCCCUCACUUCCGGAUCGUUUCCUCGAUUGUUGCCAAGAGUAUAACGGCGGAGACGUUUCUCCUGACAAAGACUCAACUGUAGUCAAGAUUGCGAUGGCAGACCGAAUUCGAAGAGCAGCAAACAUGUUCGCUGACCCCGAACGAGCUAAAACCGACCUUCACGCUCUCGCCAAACUCAACGAUACACGCAUUUACCGUCUGAUUCGAACCUGCUUCGAUCCCCAAACCGAUCUUAAGACCGCAGUGAAGGCUAGAAACGAUGCUCUAAGGAGAAUCGAAAAUGCAAAUGCAAGCAUCUUGGAUACUAUGACGGUCUUCAUUCGUAGCAGUUCUUACUUCAUCUUAAACCGAAGUGCGGUGCCGACGCUGAUUAAGAAACUUUCGUACACUCCUGCUGCGCGGGGUAAAGCUUCUUCCUCCCAAUCCCAGUCACAGGGGGGCGAGGGAAGCGAUGCAGAAACGAACCGAGAUUCAGCUAAGGAGUUGUUGGAAUUCAUUGCAAAACGAUGUCCAGCGAUGUUGGCAUUGCAGGUGCCAGAGUUGUGCAAAGCGUUGUUCGAAGAAUCCAACCCCACGCUUACCCAGACUUGUUUGCAGGCGCUUGCGUCGAUCGCCCAGUGGAACACGGCAAAGGUUCAGUUGGAUAAGAAAGCGGUGGAAAGGUUGGCGAAGUUGGUGCUGAAGGGAACGGCACUGCAGGCUAAAUUUGCUUCUAAGUUGCUGGCGAUUGUUGCAACGGGUGGGGCGAAGGGUGGACGUAAAGCUGCCGGGCAGAAACCUGGGACCCCUGGUACCUCUGUUUCCUCUAGUGCAGCAUUUGGGGUGUUGGAGGAAGUGUUGGAUUCAUUAGCGAAACAUCUUGCGAGUGCAAAGCCUGACGGACAGGUUGGGGUUCUAUACUCGCUAGCACAGCUUUUCAAGCAUGCUCCUGACGCUUCGGAGAAUGUUUCUAGCACUGUUGUGCGCACCAUCCUAUCCGAUAUCUUGCUUAAACCGCUCUCUCCCUCCAAAGCCAAGCUUUAUUCCACCGACAACUCUUGGGUGGAGGAUAGCAACGUCGACCACGAACUUCAAACCAAACUUCUCUCCCUAACCGUCCUUACUCGGCGAUGUGAAGCAUUCGCAGAAACAACUUCCGCCUCAGACAUGGCCAAACCGAUCUUCCGGCUUCUUUGGGCGGUUAUUUCAGCAGGAGAAGCAAAAGCGCUCAACACUCCAGGAGGGGCUAAAUCGCGAAUGAGGUUACAGGCUGCGAUUUGCGUUCUCAAGCUUGCUCGGCAUUCGAGUUACGAUGCUUGUAUUGGAAGAGAGUACUUGGAUCUCGCAUUCACGAUUCAGGAUGAAUCUUUCAACGUUAGGUCAAGAAUUCUGCAUAAGCUGCUGACGUAUUUGCAGGCGAGAAGGAUAGAUGGAAGGUUCCUAGCGAUGGCUUUCCUCGCAGCUUAUGAUCCCGAGGACGAGAAUAGGAAUAUGGUGAUUCGUUAUUGCACUUCUAACAGCUGCUCUCUUCCCGCAGAACAACGGCUGAAGUUGCUCGACGUUUCAUUCCCCCGUCUUAUCCAUCUUUUGGCGCAUCAUCCGGAUUUUUCGAGCGAGACAAAAGAAGAUUUGAUUCAGUUCAUUCGAUACCUCGAAUUCUUCCUCGAUUCGCUUUGCACGCCGACAAACGUCAGUUUGUUCUACUAUCUAGCAUCGCGGGUGAGGGGAGUUCGAGAUGCAGAAACCCAGGGAGCAAGCGAGAAUCUAUACGCUUUGUCCGAGUUAGCUCAAUUGGUGAUUAGGAAAAGAGCAACGGAAAAGGGAUGGACGAUUGAAAGUUACCCAGGGAAAGUUACGCUGCCGGGGGACAUUUUUAAACCGUUGCCGAGUAGAGAGGUUCAGAAGGAGAUCUAUGCUAGGCAGUACCUUCCAGCGGAUCUGGUUAGGCAACUUAGUGAUGUGAAGGUUAAGGCGGGGGGUAAAGGGGUGAAUGGAGCGGGGAAAUGGAGUAUGGCAAAUAUUACUAGCGGUGGGGGGAAGAAGAGGAAGGCGACUACUACAGCGGCGGCGAGAGGGAAGAAAAAGGCGGGCAAGAGUAAGAAGAGGAAGAGCAGCGACGACGAGGAUGAAGUGGAGGAGGAGAGUGAAUGGAGUGAAGAAGAUGAAGAGGAGGAGAAAGAUGGGAACCAGAGUAGUGAUUUGAGUGAGGUCGAAGACUAG